AUGUCACAAGAACUUAAUAACUCUAAAAAAGUAAAGGUUUCACCAUCAUUGAAAAUCCAAUUACGUUCCCCAGACGCGAAAGCCCCAACAAAAGGUUCAAUAUAUGCAGCUGGCUAUGAUAUAUAUGCUUCUCAGCCAACCAUAAUUAAGGCUAGAGGUCGCGGUAUGGUGAGUACUGAUGUAUCAUUUACUGUUCCAUUGGGUACUUAUGGUAGGAUUGCACCACGUUCAGGAUUGGCUGUUAAGAAUGGUAUUUCCACUGGAGCUGGGGUAGUAGAUAGAGAUUAUACUGGUGAGGUUAAGGUUGUAUUGUUCAAUCAUUCUGAUGUUGAUUUUGAAGUUAAAAAAGGUGAUCGUGUUGCUCAACUGAUUUUGGAAAGAAUUGUUGAAAAUGCUGAAGUGGUUAUUGUAGAAAACUUGGAACAAAGCAAUAGAGGCGAAGGUGGGUUUGGUAGCACAGGUGUAUAG